AUGGCGACGACGAGGCAGAGAUUCAUCGACAAACGUUUCGUGGUGGACUCCGGAGCAAUCCCUCGCGGCCAGAAGCUCGAGUACGCUUCAUGUUGCCCCCUCGUUUGGCCCGGGUGCUGCAUCACUAGCGACGCGGCCUUCUGGGCGCCGAUGAUCCAGGCCGCUUCCCGCCUCACGGACAUUGUCAAGAAUGACGGCGACGCCGCUGUUGUUUUGGGCGGGUUCUGCAGGGUCCGAUGCCGGUGGCCCGACGGCGCAGCGCGUGAUAUUUUCGCAGUGCUGGCGCUGCGCCGGAGUGGUUCCCCCCCCGUGGCGGUGUGGGCCAUGCUGGAUGUGCGUGGAGAUGAUUUAGAUCACACCCUGGUUCUACAGACACGGUGCAGCAAGCUGAACUUCGUUGCCAGUUGCGGCCUCAUGCGAGAGUUCUUCAAAUGUGGGCCGCCUGGCGGGCCGUUGCCGUUGUCCUUGCAGCUGCAGUUGCUGCGGGUGCCAGAUUUCCGCGCCCGCCGCGACGCGGCCUUGGGAUGUGCCAGAUGGCCGAACAACGCAGUUGAGAAGACCUGGGACUUCUGGCCCGGGCCCGCACCAGUGGCCCACGCCAAGCCGGCCGAGCCCACGGGGAUUGGGCAUGCGACCCUCGAGGACAAGUUGCGCGCUGGCUUCCUGGAGCUGAUUAAGAAGCCGUUGCUGCCCGGGGACGCUGACCGCGCGACAGAGGGGCCGCUCGUGCACAAGCUGCCCGGGGUCGGGCUUGCAGGCGACAGCGAGGGCUCGGAGAAGACAGACGAGAACUUCAGCGACGUCGACGGGGCCGAUGCAGGGGCGCUUUCUGCUGGAGGAGCCGGAGUUGCUGCUGGCAGCGCUGGCGGCGACGGCUCCCUCGGCAGCGGCGACGGCGCGGCCGUCGGCGAAGGUGGCGCGGGCAGCAGCGGGGGCGCGAGCGGCAGCGGCGGCGGGCCCGCUGGGGGGCCGCCGCCACCGCCUCCGCCGGAGGCGCAGCCGGGCGCGCCGCCGCCGCCGCCGCCGCCUCUUCCCCCAGAGGCGGCAGGCCAGCCCCCUCAGAAGAAGCGGAGAGGCGGCGACGCUCGGGCUGCUGCCAGCGAGCCGUGGGGCAUCUGGAGCAUCGCUCCUGUGAGGCCCGGCGGAGUCCAAGUCGGAUGGGGCGUGACUUGCGGCAAACACCACAACGUGGGGGAGGAUAUGGUGUGCAAGCGCCGCGUAGACUACGGCGCCAAGGACCCGAUGAGCGACUCUGAGAUCCGACGCAGGCUGAAGCAAUGGUUGAUUCUGGGCUGCGCCAUAGACGACGACCAGGACGACGCGCGCGCCCAACACAUGGCCAUCAUGCCAAAGGAGAUAUAUCCUUUACCGCUGGAGGAGGAUCUAGAUGAAACUGCUCGCUUCAUCGCGGCAAAAGCUGUUGUGGCCACG